AGAGUCACACAGAAAACCUUCCGUGCGGGAGCAGCAAACACGGCGCAGACUCGGGCACGAUGGAGAGCGCAAACGCGGGACAUCUGAUGAGUUUAGCGGCUCUGCAGAGACAAGACCCGUACAUCAACAAGCUGCUCGACGUCACCGGACAAGUGGCACUUUAUAAUUUUAACGCGAAAGCAAAUGAAUGGGAGAAGACUGAAAUUGAAGGCACCUUAUUUGUUUAUUCAAGGUCUGCCUCUCCUCACCAUGGCUUCACCAUCAUGAACAGACUCAGCACCGAGAACCUGGUGGAGCCAAUCAACAAAGACUUGGAAUUCCAGCUUCAAGAUCCUUUUCUGCUCUACAGAAAUGGCAACUUGGGAAUCUACAGUAUCUGGUUUUAUGACAAAAGGGACUGUCAGCGCAUCGCCCAGCUCAUGGUGAAGAUUGUGAAGCAGGAGGCGGAGCUUGCCCAGAGACCGUCCCCUGAGAGAGUGGACCCAGCCAGGACCAAUGGGGUCCCGGAACCGCGCUCCAUCGACAUCCUGGAGCUGCUCAGCAAAGCCAAGGAGGAGUACCAGAGGGCUCAGGCCGGAGAUACAGAUGUGCCCACCUCUGCAGAGCCCACAGUGAGAGCCUUGGUGCCCCCCACAGAGCGCGCCCACUCCACCCCGCAGCCGGACAAGCCAUCUCAUAUCGUGAAGCAGAUUACCGUAGAGGAGCUGUUUGGUUCCUCGCUCCCCAAAGACCCCUCCCUGCCCACGAUGCCCACCUCCAACCCUCCUCUGCCCCCCGCCGCCUCCGCCCCUGACCCCUCCAGCGCGUACCUCCAGCCCCAGGCCUACCCCGCUCCAGCCAACCCCCACCUCCAACCUCCGAGACCCCAGCAGCCCACCGCCGUCCUCCCCUCCUCCUUCACCCUCCACCCCAGUCCUGUGUUCCAGCCCCUGAGCCCUCGACCGGACCCCCACCUCCCGGCCUCUCCGCUGGGUCCUCGUCAGCCUCCGCCUGCCCCUCCGCAGCCCCAGCCUCCGGGGGCGUUUCUGGGGCAGGAAAUUCUCAACUCGCUCAAACCGGCAGUGAACACAGAAGUACACAAACCCAUCCUCGCUCCCAACUUCCUGCCCAGCACUUUAGUCCCGCCCCACAGCUUCCAGGAGCCAGUGGGGAAGCCUCUGCUGCCACACAACGAGACGCCCGCUCUGGUCAAACCUCUGUCGGCUGUGUCCAUGAGUCCCAGUCUGAGUGCAGCCGAAGCGUCUCUGCUCCUGUCCCCCAGCGUCUUUCAACAAUCCAUCGGCAAGCCCCCCCCUGCCGCCGUGGUCCCCCCCGUCCACGUCCACCCCAAUGUCCUCCCCAGUGUCCCUGCUGUCCUCCCUCCUGUCCACGGCGAGCCUUCGUCCACCGGAGACGCUCAGCCCAGCCUCUGCACCAAAGCACAGCUACAGGACACUCUGGUGCAUCUGAUAAAGAAUGAUCCAGACUUCCUCGGUGCGAUCCACAACGCCUAUCUGCAGACCCUCUCCAAAGAUCUGAACAACAUGAAGCUGUAGCAGACCCCACGCCAGGAUCUGAGAGGCUCUGUCUGUCAUCACCAUCAUGUCCCACUCGCUCUGGGCUCUCCCGCUCCCUCUGUCCGAACGAAAAACUUCUACACACGUUUAGUUGUAUCAUUUUAAAACCUUGAACUUGAACUUUUUGCACUUGAGGAUUUUGUGUAUGAUUUGGGAAAGACUACUAGCUCUUCAAAGAGGAGCUCCUUUUGGCCGAGGCUGCUGUCUUGUGUUUUUAAAUAAAGAAGAGGUGAUAUAAACGUGACUUUUGUUUCUCAGAGACGACAAACGCAAAGGUGCACUGCGUAACGUUUUGGUUAGGGGUCCGUCACCUGCUUGUUUCUAUGGAUAUGUCACUGCUCGGCUUAGAAUGUGCCACAGUAUGACAUUAAACAACUCUAUUUUACAUUUAUUAAAUUACUUACAGGUGGUUUUAUAGCUCAAAAAUACAUAGAAAAACAAACAGAAAUUCUGACCUGUAACUUGGUCUGGUUUGAUCUCCAUGAUGAUAGAAAGGUUUAAUAUCAUAUAAGAGCAUUUAAUGAACCCUCCACCAGAAAAGUUACACAGUGCACCUUUAAAGUCUUGCAGCUAUUGCCCUGAACUGCAGCAGCACAUUUUGGACAAGGAUUAUGCACAGAUUCUUUCUUAAAAUAUUGACUUUUUUGCUUUUCCACUCUCAAAAUCCCAUCGUUUGCGGUCUGUACCUGACUCUGCUGGAGGAGAUCGUACAAGUGUGACAUUAAACAGCUCUACCUUACAUCUAUUCAAUACAUGCAUCACGAAUUUUGGACUUCCGGCAAUGCAUACUUGAAAGGAUUCUCAGAAAAAGUGAGCAUCAAACCGCCAUGUUUGUUUUCCCAGUCGGAUGUGUUUAUUGACAAAGUCGACCUUUUCUAGUCUUUUGAACCAUAUCGCCUUUGUUUCUGGUUCUGAUAUUGUCAUAUUUUAGUUUGGGGAUUCAGACAUCGAAAUUGUGUGGUUCUUGGAUCCUAACAGCAGGAAAACGGCUCGAGAAAUGGACUUAGCAACCAACGGAAUUGAAAAAUAGUGAAAGGUGAAGGCGAUGGGCAGGAUUGUUCUACCAAAAAGGAAACCUUUGAUUGCAGCUAACAUUUUGUAUGUGGAGCGCCAUCAAAGCAAAGUCCUGAUCCCUUGCUCAACCUUAGUUACAAAUUUAAAAAGUCAACGCCAAAGCAGAAGGCACCAGCUGUUCACCAAGAAACACCUUCCACUGCAAAGAGACCAAGACGUUGCUGUAAAGUUAAACAAGAACAAGAAAGUGCAGCUCAGUCUGUUUGUCUUCUGUACCUCUCGCUUAACAAACAGGAUCCCAAUUUGUUGGCACCCCACAUACAAAAUGUUCGCUGCAAACUUGGGAUGAUUUAGUCAGUCAAAGGUUUCCUUUUUUGUCCUUCCUGUGAAUCAAUCCUGCCCAUCGCCUUCGCCUUUCACUAUUUUUCAAUUCCAUUGGGAAGGGAAACAGUUUGAACGGAGGUUUGCAGUCACACACAUCUGAAUCCUUUUGCAUUUAUGGAGUUCGCAAACUUCCAAAGCUGUUUUCCGCUGUUAGGACAUCCAACAACCACACAUUAAAAUAUGACUAUCAGAACCAGAAACAAAAACGAUAUGCUUCAAAAGACUAGAAAAGAUCAAAUUUGUCAAUAGACGCAUCCCACUGGGAAAACAAUCAUGGCGGUUUGAUGCUCACUUUUUCAGAGAAUCCUUCCCCGUAUGCACUGCGCAAUGACCAGAAGUCCGAAAUUUGUGAUGCAUGUAUUACAGGUGGUUUUAUAACUCAAAAAUAUCAAGAAAAAAUGCAUUCUGACUGUGCCUCUCCUCAGAUCUGACCUGUAACUUGGUCUGGUUUGGUCUCCAUGAAGAUAGAAAGGUUUAAUACCGUACUAUCAAACAAUCCAAACAAAGCAAUAACAUCUCCAAGGAGAAAACCAUUUGAAAGACCCUCCACCGGAAAAGUUACACAAUGCAGCUUUAAGUCUCUCUACGCGCUUCAGUUCUGUUCAGAGGGUGAAGAUUUGAGUUUAAACUUUCAAAACAAAGCCUGUGUAGAAAUCAUCUAAUUAAUGAAUGUUGCAAAAUGCUCUACUCCAAAAAUGAUAAAGCACAAUUCGUUGUAGUGAAAAAGAAUGUUUUAAACUUUUAAACUUUACAAACUGAAGACUUAAGAAAUGAACACAGUCUGGUUAAGGUUAAAUUUGACCCGGACCGAGAAUACUCUCAUAGUAAGUGUCAAUACCAAAUUUUGAACAACAUAUCUAUUUAGAAUGUCUAAAUCAACUAUCCCACACUAAUAAAUACAUGUAAUAUUUAAACAUUAUGUUUAAAAGAGCAGGAAGAGCAUAUUUUUCAUAUUUUCUUGUUCUUCUUUUGCUUGUAUAAGACAAUUGUGGUGUCCUAAGUGAAAACAAACUUAGAAGGAAAGACCUUUCCCCCCUGGCAGAGGAGAAAAAUCUGUUCUGGUCAGAAUCCUGGUGGACACUUCCUUAUAUCUGUCUGCAGGGAGGAGCUAACUAUAGUGAAACUACUCUGAAACUAACACAUCUACUUGUUUACAGUUUUUGUUCAUUAGAUAGGCCUAUUGACCUGUAAUGAGUGUGGGGUCUAAUUAGUAUAACCUUUCAGGGCCUUCUGUAAACAGAAAUGGAGGCCUCCGACACCAUCUCUCCUAUUUACAUUUAUUUUAAUUACAGAAAUACACAAAUUUUACCGACAGAGCUAAAAUCACUGACCCACCGUGCCCAUCUCUCAUGAACUGGCAACGUGCUCUCGGCACCAGAGGAACUUAUCACUACCGGUCAUCACAACAGAGCGCUACUCAACCAAAAUACAUUAGUCCAAUAAAUGUAAUGACAAGUGGAAUCAAAUACCAUGUAAUCACUGUUACACUCAAACCUAAAUCAAAACAAACAAGAAAACAAUAGGUGUUGCAAGGUCUGGUCAAGAGGUGUGGGAGCUCCAUUAUGGCCCUGAAAGGUUAUACUAAUUAGACCACCCACUCAUUACAAGUAAAUAGGCCGAGCUAACUAACAGAAACCGUAAACAAGUGUGUGUGUUAGUUUCAGAGUAGUUAUUUAGCUCCUCCCUGCAGACAGAUAUAACGAAGUGUCCACCAGUGUCUGACCAGAACUGAAGAAGCAGCUGCAAAACUUAUUCAACCAAACAAACUUUUCUUCAGUCGACAAACAGAUUUUUCUCCUCUGCCAUGGAUUCUAUUUGGACGACUGAGGGAUUUUUCACACUCUCUGCCCCUUGAUUGACUUCUGUCCCUUAUCUGCUCCAUAUACAGGAUGAUCGCUUCUUUCACUGUUUUGAGAUUCCCCCAUGACCCUUCAAAAACCAACAGGGGUCUAAUUCUGGGAACAAAACAGAGAACUCUUGACCUCAAACAUGGUCUGUACAGUUUCACAGUUUUAAGAUUCCCUAAAACUUCAAUUUUCCUUCAUUUGAUCCGCACUGAUAGAGCUAAAAUCCAUCUUGGACCCAAACCAACCUCAGUGUCCAAAAAUUUGUAGCACCUGUACAAAACUAUAACAUCUCUGUGCAUUUUGGCAAAAUUUAGGAAAAGUCACCAAAUUUCAGGAUUAAAGAAUGAUGCUUAGAUUACUUUUACUACUCUUAAAUGUCAAAACGGGUCAAAUUUGUCACGCCUAUUAUGUAAGGGUUAAUACAGAUAUGAGCUACGUAAAGACAAAUAAAUAAAAAAUAAUGUCUCUGUUUAAAGCUGCAUUAUGUAACUUCUAAAGUGGAGGGUCCACUACUUGCUUGUUUCCAUGGAGAUGUUAUUUCUUUUCUUUUUUCUUUUUUUUUUUCAUUGAGAAGUCAGUUUAUUUCAGUUUGUGGAUUUUGAACCUAGACAGAAUUUUUUAUUUUUUUUUAAAUUAAAGACAAUAUAACAUUUAACUAAAUACAAUAAUUAACAUAAAAACAAAACACAAUAAUAUAAAACAAUAUCCACAACAAAUAAAAAACAACAAAACUGCCCAAACACAGACACAAAUUCAAUUAAAUAAAAUAAAAAAUGAUGUGUUAGUGCAGCACACUUUUAACACUGCUAGGCCCACUUAUAUUUAUAUUUUGGCCAAUUUUUAAUUUAAUUUCUCUCUUUUUUUUCCACAUUUCUUAAUAAACAUUUGUGCAACUAGUAUUAUUUUCACCAUCAAUAUUUCCUUUCAUCAUGGUUUACUUUUUACUACAAUCUUAAAACAUAAAUUUAAAGGCAUUUUCUUUUUUUCUGUUCGAUAUUAUUUCUUUGUAAUGUUCCCCAUUAAGGCAUUAAAGAUAUCUUAAUUGCUUUUGUUCAAUUACAGGUGUUUUAUGGCUCAAAAAUACCUUAAAAAACAUGAAUUCUUACAUGUGCAGACUCGCUUCUCCAUAAAUCUGAUCUGAUCUGACUAUUAACCUGUCUCCAGUGUGAUUACCAAGUUUAUUUAUAUACUAUGAAAUAAUUAAGGCAAAAUUGUCAGGGUGAGAAACAGGAGUUGGACACACCCACCAGAAAAGUUACACUCUACCUGUUUUCCAAGUUUAUUGCAGUAAAAACUACUGCAGGGAUCAUGACUGUUGCUUCUUAAAUGUUUGUUAAACUAUUUUCGACUAAAGGUUUGUUUACAACAGGUACAAAACCACACAGGAGUUUAAUAUUCAUAUUCACACUACAGCUGUGUUCCUCCCGUAGACUGUUUAUAUAAAUGGACAAUAGGAAGUGAGCGUGGGCGCGCUUCAGACUCCAUCGACUCUGGCUCCAAUUCAAUUUACAUUGAAAAAUCGUCAUCCCUCUCUCUGUAACUGCUGCUGUUACAGAUUCAGAUUCAAUCAAGACACAGAGAUCUUCAACUGAUGCUAAUAUUUUACUGAUUUAAGCCACAUUAACUACACGGGAAAGAAAAACAAAGACACAAAUAAACUAAAAUAUUGUAACAUAAAUGGUGGCUAAACUAAAAUUGUCCACAUUUACUUAUAUGUAUAAACAGCUACAGACAACUACUUCGCUCCGCUCUCUGAAAGCUGCAAGUGUUAAAAGGAACAAUUUGGAAUUUUGGACAUAGGGUCUCAUUUCCUUGUGAGCCAGAGUGUUGGAGACGUGUGGAGACACUUACACCAGACUGUCAAAGUGAAUUAGCCCGGCUGGCGCCACCUAGUGGCUCCGCUCAAUUUCAUUUCUCUCCAGCGACUAGGUCAGGAAUCAGAAUACACUAGACGGUUCGCAAAAACCCCGGAAGUGUGAGUUCGGCAACAUACAUUCUGUGUUGGCAACGCUUCCCAAGAUCGAGGAUUUAAAGCCAUAACAAAAAAAGAGAAUGUUUGGUGUAUUUUAUCAAGGGGAAAGACGUUAUUGCCCUUCUUCCUACGGGAUUUGGGAAAAGCUUAAUAUAGAGGUUUUAUUUUGUUUCACUUCAUAGAAACCGUCUGACGUCGCAGCCUUAGAUUUCGUUUGCUUGACGGUAGGCAGGUGCUUUAUAUCAUUUAACCAAUCGCUGCUGGUCUUCGCUGAUUGACUGGUGCCUGAACUCUCACUUCCAGGGUUUUUGUGAAUCAUCGAGUCUAGUGUAUUCUGAUUCCUGACCUACUCACUGGAGAGAAAUUAAAUGGAGAGGAGGCACUAGGUGGUCCCAGCCUGGCUAGCAGUUAUCCCCAUUAGCGGCACAUUGCAUACAUCACGACCAAAUAGCAGCGAUUGGUUCAGUUUAAAAAAGUACCGGCCUACCGUCGAGCGAAUGAAAUCUAACACUGCAAGGUCAGGCAGGUUUCACUUUGUGGAAACUGAAUCAGGCUAGAUGUAAAUGUCUGUGUCAAUAGAAUAAUUUUAGAAGUAAAACCAACCUUGCAUUUGAAGGAUUUAUGUCUGAGCAUCAGCAGCGAGUUGUACUUCCUGAUAGAGCACUGAUAUAUGAGAAAAUAGUCCCUCAACAUGCGACGAUUCAUGCGAUACAAGGUUAAUUUUAUUUCAAACAUUAUUCUAUCAACACAGAUAUUCACAUCGACAGUCUGGUGUAAUAAUUAGAUUUUCUUCGGGUGUUUUGUGGAGUGGGUCAGACUGUUUUUAGUGGCAGAAUAACUAUGGCCUUUGACAUUGUAAUUCCUAAUAUGGAACUGGCUCCAAAUUCUUUCCUAUAACUGCUGUCCUUGUGAGCUUCAUUUGACUCGCUUAGUCCACUUCUUUAUACAGUCUGUGGUUUGCUAAAUAAACCUUAUUCAAAGUCUUGUGGUGAUGAUUCAUAGUUUGAUUUAAGCAUAAAACAUUUUAAGUCAAAGUAAAGUCAAAUUGUACAUGAGAUUAUCUGACCGGAUGCUCUUCUGAAUGUCUGUGGAUGUACCUGUUUUUGUGUGUUUACAUCUGUUUUGUGUUUAGAUUUGUACCUUUUGGGCUCUUAAUUCUCCAACAUGACUCAAGUGUGUUGGAGAAUGCUUUAAC